GUUUAGUUCAUUCAUAUUAAAAUAUUUUCUCGUAUUAAACCAAACAAAAUUCGAGUACAACUAGUAAAAUUUCGCUCUGUGCUCUGAAAUCUACGUUUSAAAAUAUAUUGAAGAUCAACUAAAUCAUUAAAUGCAUAUUAGAAAAUUAUAUAAAUAAUAAAACAAGCUGGACUCGACAACAAAAAUAUAAGGUGACGAACAAUACGAGAAUCAAAGUCCAACAAUUUAUUGGAUUAACAAAAUUGCUGGUAAAAUUUUUAGAUAUAAAAGCGAAGAUACAGUUUCAAGCAAUGACAGAACAAGAAGCAAUGCUUCAACAAAGUAGUGGUAUAGCCUCGACAUAUAUGACACCACAAGAGGAGGCAUUACAAGCACUUUGCAAAAAAUUGUUGAAAUCUAGAUUCUUUCGCGGCUACUAUGAAGAACGUCGUUUCGUGGAUACUGUAGCGGGCUACAGAGAUAUAAUUGAUCUACAUCGUGGGGAACGUGAUUUGGAGCUUUUAUUGCUAGACAUUAGAAGUAAAUUACAAAUUUUCUACCAAAAUUCACCACAGGUAUGGAUUGGCAUAACGCACGGUGCUUUUAUGGGAAUAACCCCUAAAACGAAAACACUCGAUACACAUAUAUGGGUACAACUACAGGAAGUUGCAUUUGGCCAUUAUUGGUUCAGUAUAAAAAGCAUACGCUUUCGAAAGAAUGAAGUGAUAUUAAAGUUAAAUGUUGUGCGCAAUGUAGAAGCUGAUUCACUCAUUGAAAGAACUCAAAUAUCAAAGUCUACGCUAAUGUACGCUAAAGAUGAUUCAAAAACAAAACAAACGUUAACAACAGACAAUUCAAUAAAUGCGUUAAAUAAUGCGACAAAACUUAGCGAUGAUAUGAUGAGUGGUCCUACCGUAAUACAACCGGAAGUGCUUCAAAUCGGCUAUGAAGACUUUGUUAAUAUUGUGCGCAACUGGGGUACAACCAUAAAACACAAAGUAUAUGAUUUUAUGUCCAAUGAUAUMAACAAAGAUAAUAUAAAAGAUUUCCUGCAAUUUCUGGGCUUAGUUGUGAUCUCCCUGCUGACCGGCAGUUUUGUGGCUAUCAAGUACUUAGGUACUUUUGCGUUGCGUUUUAUGUUUGAAUUUACCCGCUUUAUGCAUGUAAUGACACCAAUCAUACUAAAAAUAAUAGAGGCGAUAAAUAAAAUUGUUGGUGGAUUUUAUAUAUUGCUAGCAAUGAUUUGGAAGGAUGCAUUUAUGAAAAGGAGAAUGACAGCCACACAACAAYUGCAAGAUUUUAAUGUACAACCGCCCAAAGAAUUGAAAGCUAUAGAAUACAAUCGACAGAAAUACGAAAUAGAUUUUGAAUAUAAUAUACGGCAACCGCCUGUGAUGCGCCCCAGUAUGGGUCCCAUUACAGAGUUUGAACGAAAAUUUCAAUAAAGUGAUAUUCCGCCGUCGAAUUUUAGAACAAAUUUAUUUAUGAAUCUUCAUUUUAGCACUAAAUAAAUUGCCUGAUAAUAGAAUAUUUCAUAAUUUAACGAAAGGCGAGCAUUCCUUAUAAUGUAUAUAAAUAAAAUGCACCGAUACGGAAACGGC